AUGCUUACUCUCAAACUUUUCGUUUACACAGUAGUGAUAUUCUUUGUUUCUCUUUUCAUCUUUGGAUUCCUAUCUAAUGAUCCAGGACGUAAUCCUGGACGUGAAGAAUAA